CCUCGGCACCACAAGUAGCCGACCUCGAGACGGUCCACCGCAUAGCACACAGGAUCUGCCUCGGGGUAUCCAGGUCGACGGCAUCCAUCCCGACGUACACGGAAGCAGAAGGCAACACCGUCGGCAACCAUCUCCAAAUUCGCGCUCUCGGGCACCCCAUCCGCAUGUCCACCUGCGAGUCCGCGGCACCGCUGCUAGCUCGCAUCGCAGAGAGGCCCGAGUCGCGCUUGGGGCAGCUCCUGUGCGUUCUGGGGACGUCGCCGGCCCCGCGCCGACGGUCACUCCCCUCCCUCCGCUGCACUCGGACCCCCACCAACUCACUGUCCAACUUCGGAUCGACGGGCUGGGCACUCGGCGAAGAACGGCCGACGUCGCGGCAAAACAGCUGGCGGAGAACCACAUCGAGUGACACUACCCCGGCUGGGCAAGAGUGUACAGUACACCGACGGCUCCGUGCGGCCGGGCGACGGUUCGUCGACGGCGGCCAUCUUUGCGGAGAGAGCGGACCACGGCGCGGGCGAGCUGCUCACGUUCCACGCCACCAGCUCCACCACGGAGUUCGCGGCGCUCCUCCUCGCACUGCACCUGGUCCACCACAAAAGCCGAGGCCCGGACAGCUGGCUGGUGCGCUCCGACUCCCAGGCGGCCCUGGUGCAGCUGUACGGUCUCGAAGGGGCAAGUCCCCUCGCACGAAGGAUCGCCGAGGAAGCCCAGCUCCUCGGCAGCCUUGGCCACCGCUUGGCAUUGCAAUGGCAAUUCACUGCGGGAUUUCCGGAAACGAGCGCGCGGAUGCCCUUGCGAAGCGGAUCCACGACGAUCCCGAGUUUCUGGCCUCGGAUGUGGGCCCCUUCGCCGACGCCAAGCUCCUCGUCGCACGGAAGGCCGCCACAAACCACGCGGACGAGAGGUACGCGGCCGGCGACCGUCCGGCGAAGCCCCCUCGGAACUGGGACCGCCCAACCGCCGCAGUCGUCCACAGGAUUCGGACGAGAUGCGCUCUGACACUGGCGAGAAAGCAUCUCCUUCGCCCUGAUGCCGACCCCGAAUGCCCGACCUGCGGGAUAUGGUCGGACCUUGAUCACCUCCUCCUGGACUGCCCGAAACAUGCCGACGACCGGGCGGCCAUGACAGCAUCCUUCGCCGCGCUAGGUCAGUUCUGUAGUACAAGAGACGAAGUUAUGCGACGCAGGAGCAACCGACGCGCAAAGAUAGAGCACUCAGGGCCCUCCUUACCUUCCUGGAGGAGACAGGUCUUCUCUGGUCCCUAUGGACCCAGCGCGACGAUCAGCACCGCCCGACAAAGCACGGCCAGGUAACCACGUCCACCUCGCCCAUCAUCCACCCAAA